UCAAAAUCCACAAAGACAUGUCCACGUUCGUGUGACCUUGAAAGAAGCGUCUCUAUUGAUUGCUUUUGUGAUUCUUCAAUGGCCACCGGUGGCGGAACCGAAGAACAGCAACAGUUUUCUCUGUUAGGAAAAACCCUAAAAGAAGGCGAACGUCUACUAGCCCCUACGAGGAGACCCGACGGUACUCUCCGAAAACCCAUUCGAAUUAGGGCAGGUUACGUCCCUCAAGAUGAAGUUGCGAUAUACCAGUCCAAAGGUGCUCUGCUGAGGAAAGGGUUGGGUACACCUGAGUUUCUUCCAGGUUAUGAUCCAGUGUUGGAUGCGAAGCUGAAGUCUAAGUCUGCUAGAAAGAAUGAAAGAAAGAAGGAGAAGAAGCAACAGCAGGCUGCUCUUGAGAAGGGAAAGAACUUGGAGUCGAAUUCCACUGGAGAGGUGCCUUCUGCUGAAGAUGUGGUCCCCAGAUCGGAAGCUGUUGAAUCAGUAGCACAUCAAAUGAACACACUAGCUGUUUCAGAAAUUCCCUCAGUUGUUGCUCCUUCUGCAGACUCAACUGAGUGCUCCAGUACUUGGGGUCCUGGUCCAGAUAUUGACAAGAGAAUUAGAGCACUAAAAAAGAAGAUUCGGCUCACAGAAGCUCAACUGCAGAAGACUGAGCAAAUAGAUAUGAAACCUGGGCAAUUAGAGAAAGAGGCAAAAAUGGAGCGCUUGUGUGAGGAGCUGAAACUUCUGGAGGAUGAAAAGGCAGAGUUGGCAGCAUCAUGAGUGGUCGAUCUUAAUUGUGUAGUCCAAGCAUACAUGGACAGGGAUUUAUUUCGGCACAGGCACAAUUUCUGCCAUUUGGAUGAUUUUUGGCCAUCCGCAUCGUCAAAUACUAUAGGCAUCCCUUGUCAACCUCACUGAUGCACCCUGAUUUUUGCAUCCGCUACCUUUAUCAUGCUAGUGGAGUAGUGGAUAUGUUGCCCUUUUAAUGAAUUUUGAGAUCCACAUUCCCAUGCUGCAUACUCACCAUUGCCCUGGGGAAAUUAUUUGUGGUCACUCAGAUAGCAUUUUAUAAUUGAGUAACAUUAUUCUUAAGCGGUUUGGAAAUUGAGUUUGAAGACCUCAACAUUGAGCUGAUGUAUCAAGUACCUGGCAAUAAUCCGACUCCCUCACUGACCACUUAUCAGACUUCUUUGCUUAGACCAUUAAU